AUGACCGGCACAAGCAUCACACCACCUUCACGCUCGACCGGACCCGAAUCAGUGCUCAUCAUCGGUGGAGGUGCGACCGGUCUGGUAACGCUGCGCAACCUUGUGCAAGAGUACGGCCACGACUCUUCCGGCUCGUACGCACUGUUUGAGCCCUUGCUCGUCGAACGUCGCAGCGAUGUCGGAGGUGUCUGGUAUUGGUCCGAUGACACCUACUCGCUCGAACGUAACAUCGGCGCCGAUAAGGUACAGGGUCAGUCUCCGCUUUUCGAUCACAGGGGUCAACCACACUGGCCGUCUCCGGCGUAUCUCAACUUGAGAGGCAAUGUACUGCCCGAGUUUCUCGAGUUUUCAGGCAAACGCUUCGAGCCGCCAAAGAACAACGAGGUGUUUCCGAGCUUGGAAGAGACGCAUCUGUAUUUGAAAUCGUUCGCCGAACCGUAUCGGCAAUACAUCAAGACAGGCGUCGAAGUGCUGCGUGUACACGAGCUGCCAAAUGAUCAAGGCUGGCAGGUGACGUUGAAACAUUGGACGUCGUCCGAGCUCGAUGCUGCGCAAGCCGUCAGUUUUACACCGAAGCUCGAAACGAAACGAUUCGAUCGAGUGAUUGUCGCUGCAGGCUGGUACGAUACUCCGUACUAUCCAGACGUCCAAGGCAUCUCUCUCGCAAAAGAAUACGGUCAUAUCCAUCACUGCAAGCACUAUCGCGAUUCGACGCCCUACAUCGCCAAAAAAGUGGUAGUGGUGGGCAACAACAAUUCGUCCAACGAAGUAGCUGCGCAUCUGGCCGCUUUGAAUUCAGCCGCCCAUCCAGUGUAUAGGUCGAGUAAGAGUGCUGCUAUCGAAAAGUGCCCCGCUCUUCCAGACGAAAGGAUCAAGGAUGUCGGUAUGAUCACACGAUACACCGUCGUCCACUCUACCGCCGAGAAAGCAAGCAAAGGUACAAAGCUCGACUUGACAUUACUCGACGGGAGUGUGAUCCGAGAUGUCGACUAUGUCAUUUUAGGUACUGGCUAUGGACAAAAGUACCCAUGGUUGCACGUCCUCACUGAUUCGGCUCGUCUCACCAACUCUUCCGAAACCCAAGUGCUGACACCGGAUUACCUGAAAGCUACUCGCGUACCCUUCCUGUACAACCAUGCGUUUUUCAGCAAGUCUCCGCGUCUCACGCUGGCGUUUGUCGGACUGGUGGUUUCCUACAUGCCGUUUUCGUUCAACGAUCUACUCAGUGCGUGGAUCAUUGCUGUUUGGUCAGGCAAAAUCACCUCGGUCCCGCAAUCCAUCACGGACCGACUCAAGUUCGAAACGGAUCGUCUGCACUACCUGUACACACAGCGACUUUCAUCCGCUACCACCGAGGAAGCCAAGAAAAACACCGAUCCAGAUGACCCUACCACCUACGCCGGCUACCAUCUGUUAGGUGGAAGUCUCAAAGACGGUCCGCCAAGCGAGAUGCACUUUGCCGCUGAAUUGUACAACGAAUUGGCGCAAGCAGAUAAGGAGAGGGUAGCCAAAUUCACGUACAAGUGGGAUGAAGAAAGAGAGCAGAAGCAAACAUCAAUGUACAGACGCAAGAAACAGUGGUUGGAGGACAACAGUGAUCGCAUCAAGCACGAUCCGUUCGACCUGUUGGGUACCAAUGCUCACCGGUAUGGACAUUUGGUCGACCAGUUAGUGCAUCCACAUUGGCGAAAUCGCGCUAACACUCACACUGCCGAGCUGACGCGCAGAGCAAAUCUAUAG